AUGUCCGCGCAAUUUACUCCCGAGGAAGAGGCGACCUACGCCCGCGUCAUCGAUGAGAUCCUGGAAACUGCCGACCUGGACACAAUUUCUCGCAAGGCCAUUCGGCAGAAAAUGGAAGCAGCCAUCAACAAGGAUCUAAGUGACCAGAAGCAUGCCAUCAAGGGCUUGAUUGAAGCCCGAUUCGACGCCGCUCAAGCACGCAAGGCUGCUCAAGAACCAACACCCGAAGAGGCCACCCCCGAGGCCACGCCUGAGGCCGAGGAAGACGAUGCUGCUACCGACGGCGAGAUCGAAGUCCGCCCGAAGAAACAACAGAAGCGUGAAAGCUCAGAGGACGCUGACGCCCGCCUGGCCGCCGAGCUCCAAGCGCAGGAGAACAAGCUCUCUCGCGGGCCACGAACAAGAGGUGGCGGCGCCGCAAAGGUGACCAAGAAGGCCAAACCCAAGGCCAAGACACCAAAGAAGAAGAGCGCGACACGCGUGAAGUCGGACGAUGAUAGCGACAUGGAGCCCGAAGUUGUGGAAGGAACAAAGAAGCGCAAGGCUGGUGGCGGUUUCCAGAAGCCCUUCAACCUAAGUUACCCUCUUCAGGAGGUUUGCGGAGAAGCCCAGCUCUCCCGCCCACAGGUUGUCAAGAAGCUCUGGGAGCACAUCAAGGCGAACGAGCUCCAGGAUCCUAGCGACAAGAGACAGAUCCUCUGCGACGAUAAGCUUCAAGCCGUAUUCAAGCAGAGUUCGAUUAACAUGUUUCAAAUGAACAAGCUCCUUGGCAACCAGCUUUAUCCGAUCGAAGCCGAAGAGUAA